UAAACAGAAAAGAUGGCGACGCCAUACGCUGGAGAUCGAACUGAAGGAAGGAAUGUGGUUGUUUUCGAGAGUUUCGAGAAGCAGUUAGACGAUUUACCCGCUGAAUUGUUAGAGCAUAUAUUGUGCUUUCCCGUUCUAAACCAUAUCGACAUUAGCAACGUGUCCUGCUCGUGCAAGAGACUGCAUGACGUGUGCCAUGGCAGAGGGAAGGUCUGGGCGCACCAAUACAAGCUCAGGUGGCCAAGGCUUCAGAGACUGUAUCGGCAGAACGAGUCAUAUGAUUGGCUGAAAGAAUUCAAGACUCGUCACAUGGUUGGUCAACAGAUAAGAAGAACGGUGGAGUCUAUUUCCAAGAGGUUCUUCACUGAAGUUCCUUGCGUUGGCCAGGUUCUUGGAGACAGCUUUGCAGAAAUUGAGUCUCUUGGAGCCCCAGAUCACUUCUGUGAAGAUGAGCUGCUCACCAUUUUGAACUCGGACCAAAGGAGAAGUUUGACAUUGAAGUACUAUGCAAAGAAAAUCCUUUACUUCCUCCGCCAGCAGAACAUUUUGCGGAGUUUGAAGAUGUUCCUUGAGCGACCACCUGAACAACAAUCAGCUCUAGAGGGUGCUGUUUUGGUCGACCUGUAUUGCAACCCUCUGACUGAUGUCACUCUUGAGAUCAUAUCUGCCCAGAUAGAAGAAAUUGCAGACAAGGUGAAGAAAAAUCUUCGAGUAAAAAAUGCCACACACCCGAGUCUGCGAACCGGCCAAGGUGACUGCUUUGUUCUAGAAGACUUGGAGUGUCAAAGGCAAGUCAUUUGUGCUCUCAACGUGGUGCUGUAUGACCAGCUGCAGUACAAGGGCAAUGAGCGAGACUACUACAAUCCACUAAACUCAUACAUACAUCAGGUGCUGCUCCGUCGGACUGGCAUUCCCAUCAGUCUCUCGGUGCUCUAUAUGACUCUGGCCAGGAAGUUAGGAGUCCCUCUGGAGCCCGUCAACUUCCCCAACCACUUCCUGCUCCGCUGGUGCCAAAAUCAAAUGAGAAGUGGUGACAUCUUUGACUAUAUGUACAUUGAUGCAUUUGGAAAUGGCAAGCAGCUUGCUGCUAAAGAGUGCGAGUAUCUGAUCAGACACCAGGUGACAGCAGAUUACUACGGCGCUAUAAGCACCAGCGAGCUGCUUCUGCGAAUGGUGGGCAACCUGCUUAACAUUGGCAAGAGAGGGGAAGGGAAUGAGAAAUCGUAUCAGCUCCUGCGGGACUCUCUGGAUCUCUACCUCACGAUUAACCCUGAUAACGUGCAGUAUCUUCUGCUGCAGGCCCGUCUAUACUUCCACCUGGGCAUCUGGCCGGAGAAAGUAUUGGAUAUUCUGCAGCAUAUUCAGGCUUUGGACCCAUCUCAGCAUGGUGCUGUAGGGUAUCUGGUCCAGCACACUCUAGAACACAUCCAGCAUAAGAGGCAUCCAGUAGAACCGGAGGUGAAGAGGCACAGUGCACCUGAGCACAGAGAUGUGCAGUACUCCGUGGGUCUUGUCAUGAAACACAAAAGGUCAGGUUAUAACUGUGUUGUCUAUGGAUGGGACCCUAAAUGCACAAUGAGUCAGGAGUGGAUUAACACCAUGAGGGUCCAUCAGCUGUCUAAGGGACCUGAUCAGCCCUUCUACAACGUCCUAGUGCAGGAUGGGACCUGUCGAUAUGCUGCACAGGAGAAUCUUGAACCUCACUCUGCCCCGCUGGAAAUCGCUCACCCCGAGGUCGGACGUUACUUCACCGAGUUCUCUGACACUCAUUACGUCGCUAACGAGGAGCUUCAAAUGUGUUACCCAGAGGACAUGUGCAAGACCCACAGGACUGUAGAAGAGCGUUACCAUGGUCUCACCCCAAAAUCAGGGCAACCACCAGAGCCCAUCGCCAAUUUCCAGGACCAUGAUUUAUUAGAUCCAUAGGCCAGUAUGCCACCACCCUUCCCUUUUUCUCCCUUCCCAUCACAAAUGCUUAGACACACAUUUAACAUAUCCACUUGUUCAUGAACUGUUAUAGGACGUUGUUCAAUACAACUGAUAUUGGGCCAGUUCUAUUGGUUAUAUUUCAACUUUUAUCUAAAGUGCAAAAAACUGAUCUAGUAAGAAAGCUAGAUCAAUUGUUUUCCUUAAAACAAUGGAUGACACAUGAAUGAUGAGGGUUUUCAUUUUUGGAAUCUUUUUUUACUUGUCAACAUCUUGGUCCUAGAUCAGUUUUAAUUGUAACUUUGACCCAGAGCUGCAAAUGUAGUCAGAGUUGAAACGAUUUGAUGGAAUAACAGUAUUUGUAUGGAUCCUAAAUAAUAUGUAUAAAUUAUAUUUAAUAAUAGAAUUUACAUAAAAUAUUAUCUGUGUAUGUGGUGAUCAGCUUCAGGUCCAUUUGCCACAUUGAAAAUUCAUUAAUUCUGUAGUCUUACCCGUCUCACUAAACUAAUGCACUAACUCAUCCAUUAAUAGUUCAACAAACAUGCACUUUUCAUGACAUGAGAUAAUAUGUCUGAGCUCUAAAUGAUUUUGUAAUGUUUAUUUCCAAGUUAUUAAAACAAAAGAGAACAAGGGCUCAAGAAAUUCUUGGCUCAUAAUGGUUGUAAAUACAAACGUAUUGAGAAUAUAUGAGAAUGAAUCACAAUAAAAGG